CAUGUCAUCUAGACGCUCGGCACCUCCACCGAUGCAGCAACUGCAACCACAGAUGUCCAUAUCCUAUGGCGAACCAGAGAAAAAGCAGCGCAGCAAGUGCAUGUCUUUCGUGUGUUGCAUGUGGAAAGUGUUUACAUGUAUAUUUUCACAUGUGACCCUAGUGGCCACGGUUGUUGCAUACUGUUUUCUGGGUGCGUUUACUUUUGAACAUUUGGAGGCUGAGAAUGAACGUAAUGUUAAAAAAGGAAUCAGUUCUAUACGUGUCAACCUCACGGAUGCCAUCUGGAAAAUGACCAACGAUAGACCAGUUUUGCAUCAACAAAAUUGGACUUCUGCUGCGAUUAUGCAUCUUCAGUCCUUCGAGAAAGAAAUACUCACUGCCAUGAAGAAGGACGGUUGGGAUGGAAACGAAGACGUGGAUCAAAUCCAAUGGACAUUUUUUGGAGCUCUGUUUUAUUCCAUCAUCGUCAUAACAACAAUCGGCUACGGUCAUAUAGCUCCAAAGACAUACAUGGGCAAAAUUUCGACCAUCUUCUACGCUAUCUUGGGCAUUCCACUCAUGCUGCUGUGUUUAUCCAAUAUUGGCGACAUUAUGGCUAGUUCCUUCCGAUUCCUGUAUUGGCGCGUUUGUUGCUAUGUUUGUACGAGAGAGCCUAAGCGGUCCAAUUCCAGACGCAGUCGGAGCAGUCGUGGUACUGUAAGACAAGGACGAAGUUCUGUGAGAUCUGGACAGCCGGGAGGAACGAAUUUAAGACGUUCAGUACGAAAUUCUCAACGUUCCACCGAUUCAGGAUUCGACCCAUACUAUGAGCCGGGCCUAUCGCAUUCAUAUUCGGAUACAGAUUGUAGGUAUAACGCUGCCAUGGAUGAUCCAUACUAUCAAGAGAAUGAUCGGAGCAUGCGGCAACAAGCAAAGUAUGACAACUCAAACCCCAACAACUCUGGAGGAAUGCGACCACAAAUUAGAGGUCCACCCAAUCCUGAUGCAUUCAUGAACGACGAAUAUAUGACAGGCCCACAGCAAGGGAAACGGCCUCCACCAGGACAUUCUCGUGCCGAAUCAAUGGGUCUUGAUCAAUCGCAGAGAUCAUUGCAAAAGCCCAGACAGAUGGAUGGACAAUAUCGAAAACAACAAGGAAUGAGAGCACAAUCGCUUGAUCGUCGUAUGUUUCGGCAGGAUUCCCAGAUGCUUGACGUGGACGAUGAUUCACCGUGUAAAACGCCAAUACUGUGCAAUAAAUAUGCGCUCGACGACGUUGACGACCAAGACGGAAGACCGGCCAGACCUAAUCCACGCAGUCAAUCGAUGCCACGUCAGACUGGGCGCUACGGCGACCGUUUGAUGCCCGACCGGAUGCCCUACUACACGGAGGACAACGAAAUAGCAGAAAAUAUGCAUACCGUGCGCAAAUCAGCUCCUCAAAGACGUCGUGAACCGCGUCCCGUGCCAGCGCCAUCACCACGCAUAAUGUCACCGAUGGGAUUCGCAGUUCAUCGCCAAGCUCGUCAUUUACAAAAUGUGAUCGAUGAUAACUCGCUCUACGAUGACGAAUGGGACAUCCACAGUGGCGAGCUUCCGCCAUCCUCCAUCGUGCGGCCAGUACCGAUUUGGUUGUGCGUUUUCCUAGUCGUUAGUUACAUCAUUGCCGGCGCAUUUAUGUUUUCUGAAUGGGAGGAGUGGAGUUUUUUGGAUUCUGCAUACUUUUGUUUCAUCACACUCACUACCAUCGGGUUUGGAGACUUUGUUCCGGCACAAGGCGUUAAAAAUGAUUCCGAAAUAUCAAUAGCGCUCUGCUCGCUCUAUCUCCUUUUCGGUAUUGCACUCUUGGCCAUGAGCUUCAAUCUGGUGCAGGAAGAAGUGAUCUCAAAUGUUAAAAGCGUUGCACGACGUCUUGGCAUACUGAAGGAGGAGGAAGUGGACGAUUAG